AGGCUGGACGUGAUACCGGAGACACGAUGGUCCGGCUGACUCUGAUUUCUCUUUGCCUCUUGGCAGGUGUAGCGGGGUCCCUUGCCGUGCCCACCAAGCCAAAGUCGACCGAAGAGGAAGCUCAACCGAAAAUCACCUACAGCAAAGAGACGCUCACCCAAGAUGGCGAAGACGUGAAGCUGGACUGCGCCGUCGUGGGAGUCGAUCUCGGGGGCGUCGAGGAUUUCGGAGUCUCCUGGAGUAAGAUCGACGAGGAAAACCCGACCAACUCCUUCCCGAUCUCAGCCAAUGACAAGAUCCUCCUCUUCAGUAGCAAGUACGCGAUCGACCACCCUGCCGAUUCCUACCAGUACUCUCUCGUUAUCAAGGAAGUCGGCGAUGAAGACACAGGCAUGUACCGUUGCACCGUUAACUUCGGAGGCGAGCAGAAGAUCAACGCAGAGGUUCCUGUGCACAUUCAGAAGGCCCCUUUCUUUACCGAUGAUUUUACCAAGACGCUCACGGUAACUGAGGGCGACGCCAUCAGUAUCGACUGCCAGCCCGGAGGAUGGCCCAAGCCCGAUGUCUACUGGGAGCGCCUUGGCCAAGAACUGCCCUACUAUGGCGGUAAAUUCUUCAAGUCUAACCAACUGGACAUUCCUCUGAUCGAGCGUGACCACGAGGGACACUAUGUUUGUUAUGCGGACAACAACAUCGGAGAUCCUGCUAAUUCGCACAUCAUCCUUGAGGUCCAGUUCGCACCUGAAGUCAUUGUCGAAGAGAAACAGGUCUUUGCCUCCCCGAGUGAGCCAGUCAAAAUGUCCUAUGUCAAGUUGUAUUUACUGGCUCUGGACGGCUUCAUCAUGACAGUGUCGUGUUCGGGUCGUGUUCUGUACACGUCGGAGUCCAUCACGUCGCUCAUGGGGUAUCUGCCGAGCGACCUGGCCGGCACGCCCCUGUACGACCUGAUGCUGGAGGAGGAGAGGGGCGAGAUGAAGCGGUUCCUGUCCAACCCCGCCCUGGCGCCCAACCCCAACACCUGGUUCGAGGAUAAUAAAGACGGCGUCCUGGACUUUAGCUGUAGCGAGGCAGAGGACUCCCUUUCGCUGAGCAACUGCAGCCGCAGCGGCGCCGGCGGCCUCUUCCAGAGCUCCUUGCUUCACUCGCAGCUGCCGCAGGAAUCGUCCACCAAGGUAGUGUUCGUCGCCAUAGGGAGGAUGGAGCGGCCGCAGCUGGUGAGGGAAAUGAUGAUCAUUGAGCCCAGCAAGACAGAGUUCACGUCCAGACACAGUUUAGAGUGGAAAUUCCUGUUCCUCGACCACAGAGCGCCAACAAUCAUCGGCUAUCUACCCUUUGAAGUGUUAGGAACUUCAGGCUAUGACUACUACCACGUGGAAGACCUAGAGAAGGUGGCGUCAUGUCACGAGCAAUUGAUGAAGACAGGCAAGGGGACGUCGUGUUAUUAUCGGUUUCUGACCAAGGGACAGCAGUGGAUUUGUCUAGACCUUGGAAACUGCGAUGUUAAAUGCUCUAGGGCCGCGUUUUCCCGUAAUAUUGGCGUCUUUGGGAAGCGAAGUGUCAGAAUUUCUCGUGUGAAAUAUAUGACCUUUAUAAAGUCGAGGAACCUUUCGGAGAAGAAGCGCCGGGAUCAGUUCAACCUCCUCAUCAACGAGCUGUCCAGUAUGGUGGCCUCCAACAACCGCAAGAUGGACAAGUCGACCGUCCUCAAGGCCACCAUCGCCUUCCUCAAGAACCAGAAGGGGCAAGGAAUACCGUGCCACUGUGCCACGGGAAUAAAGAUAUUUCGAGUACAGGUGUUUUUUAUUAGCAAGUGUUCUUGA